AAUGGCCAAGCGGACUCUACUCGAGUACCGGUACUGUAGCACUCACAGGCACAGCAGUGCCUCGCCAGAACGGACCACGAUGUACUGAGCACCUUGCUAUAACAAAUGGGUUCUCUAGAAAUUCAACUCCACUAUGCAAAAAACCUCACUGCGAUGGAAAAUCACUGCUGGGUUCAAAUGAGUUGUUCUGACAUCAACCCCGUGUACCCAUACAAGAUCCCCCCGGUAUAGUAAAAGAAGGAAAGAAAGAACUGUAAAUAAGAAGUUAAUGAAGUAGAUUCGUAGAUGCUUUGGUAAUGCCACAAAAGUAUGCUGAAUGCAAUUGAGACCUCCAGGUUUCCCCCCCUUGAUAUGACACCCUUUUUGCCAUGAUAUCAACCUUUCAACCAAGACCCUCCCUCCUGGUCCAACAUGUCGACCAAAAUCUCAUGUGUGAUGGCCGUCACUCAGAGCCUGUUUGGCACGCUAGGAUUAGACCAGGAUUUGGACUUAAAGUCCGGACUUUAUAAACCGGCCGUACCAAAUCUGACAGUAUUUAAAUUAGGACUAAUGCCUUUCGCCCCCUCUGUGACUGUUUUUUUUAGAGAAAAUCAUGAUAUAAGAUCCUGACUUAAUCUUGGUACGAAGGUCUAGUCAAAGUCCUGGCCUACCAAACACGAUUAGACUGAAUGUCCAGACUCAGGAGACAGUCUGGAUUUUAAGUCCAAAUCCUGGCUUACCAAACAGGUAGACCGCACCCAAGUCCCCCCCCCCCCCCCUUCGAGGGACUCCAACCAACCAACCAAUCAACAGUUCACCAACCAUACCUUUGAACCUCCGGCACGAGUGAUAUUACAUGAUCACGCUUGGUAUGUCAACGGACGGACCGACAAAACGAAUGACCCUUACUACCUCAGCAUAUCAUACUCCGCCAGAUCGCGCACUCAGCCCCUGUUAGAAUGCAUACCCCGUCCAUUGGUAUGAUGCCCAUCAGAGCGUAGCUAUCGAUCUAUCGACAACUCCAAACCCCAAUUCCAGUCCCAGCUGCGUAGUCCAACCGCCACAUCGGAACGGACCAACAAACCUACCACUUAACAAGCGGGUAGACAGGAAGGUGUGUUGUAUAUGUUAGAAUUUAGCACCGGACUGAAAAUUAUGGGCGGAGCUCCGUGUACCACUGUUUGUAGCCAGACACAGAAAUAGAAUAGACUGGAACGCACUGAUCACUAUUCAAGCUGUUCGUUUCAUGUGAGUGAGAUCGGGUGUUUGGGGAUUUCCGGUUUCGAUUGAUUCGGCUUUUUGGGCCUUUAGCGGACGCUGGAUAUGCGUGCUGGGUGUGUGUGUUGAGCUGGGAUCGGGGGUGGCGCGGGGGGGGGAUGAGAAUGCCACUGAGAUUCAAAGGUAUCUAGGCAAAAUCAAGCACACCCGGGGCUCCAUGUAUAUAGAGACUCGUCCGCUGUGUGUAUUUUGCGGCCGCUUGCUUCGUGAGGCCCAGCAGAUUAAGGGGCCAAGUGGAGGAGACUGCGGGAAUUAGCGACCGUGAAAGGUGAUAGAAAUACUAAAGGUAGAUUUUCUGAGGUGAUUCAGGCGUUCUGGGAGCUCCAUCGUAGAUACACACGCAAGAGCGCUGUGCGACCACCUCGAGUGCAUCGAUUUACGAUAAACUCUCACUUCACCAGUUCCAGUAGACCUACCCCUGGUUGAACCACAGAACCGUCGCUCGAAUACAAAUAAAAUUCACUAACCAGCCCGGUAUCAAAAGCAAGCAAGCAUGAUCAUCACGAAAGAGCAACAUCAAUCCCCUCUUCCUCCGCCAUUCUCAAAAUCCACUUACGCACCGUAGCAUCUGGCGCCAAUUCUAUGGCAAGUUUAUCCUCCGAGUCCCUAGCGCUCGAGUCUGCGCCCAUCCUCAACAACUCCAACGCGACGUCACCGUUGCCCUCCGCAAUCGCAUGGUGCAGCGGGGUCAUCCCACUGUGGUCCUUUGGGCCCACCGACGAGCGGUUUUCCAGCAAGAGUUUCACCAUAGGGAGGGAGCCGGCGGCGGCAGCGCGGUGGAUGGGCUGUUGCCCGCGGGUAUCGGCCGUGCGCGUACUCGCUUUGUACGGUGGGGAGAGGAGCUUGCGGGCUGCUGAGAGGCGGGAUUUGGAGGCGCAGAAGUGGAGGGGUGUCUAUCAUAUGGGCAUGUCAGUCGCUGAAUUAGGUCGGGCCAGGCCAGGGGGAGAGAGGAAGGGAUAAAUUACUUGUCCGCCGUUAGCUGCGAUACCGAGUUGGAGCGAGGAGUUAGCUCAAGUUAGGUCAUCAGAGUCCUUAUACGAAUUAAGCCAAAAGCGACAUACUUUUGAGAUUAACAUCCGCCUCCCUUGACAGUAACAAGUCCACCAUCUGGUCCCCGUCCUCAACACUCACCGCGAUCAUGAGCGGCGACCACCCGGAUCCAUCCUGGGCAUCUACGUCAAACCCCUUCUGCUGCGUAAGGAGCUGCACGAUAGGAAGGCGAUUGUAUGAGCAAGCCCAAUGUAUAGGCAAACGAUCAUCGGAGUCCCGACGGUAUGCUAAUUUGGGGUUUGCCUCCAGCAGAGAUUCCACUUGAGAUACUUGUUUAUUCAGCUCCUCAUGUUAGUACGGGGUUGAUAGAGGACAAAGACAGCUUUUCUCCUCCCCAGGUCAGUUUUCUCCUUCUCCCUCCGGGUCAUGGACUGGAGUGAGGAGUAAGGGGGCGGGGAGUGGAGAGAUGUGCUUACAGCUGCCUUGUCUGCAAGCCUCGUGAAUAGCUUCUUUGUUCUCCUCUUCCAUGGUUUUCGGGGGCGAUAUCGUAGUGAGGAUCAAGAUAACGACAAGCUAUGAUAUGACAGGUGCGGGUAGAUUUCAACUUCCGUUGCUUGUGUGGAGAGUCCCGGCUUGGCGAUUCGGUGAGAUAUGGCGUCAUACGGUCACAGUCAGAGGCUCAGAGCAGAGCAAGGUACGAAAAUUACCCGGCUUUCUGUCCUUUUUUUUUUCCUUUUUUCCUCUUCCCGGCCAGGGGCAAAUGAAAAGAUCAGACCAAGAAAAUGUAACUACGCAUUUAUAUUUCCCGACUCGGUUAGUCCAGCGCAUCGAUUGCUUCAUUAGGCACAAGAAGAUUGGGCGGUGCACAGUGAGGAAGAGCUGCCUUGAAGGACUCCGACACGAUCAGGGCGUGUCCGAGCCUUCCAUUCCUUAACCAGUUCCUCUUUUCCCCCUCUUCGAGCUUUCGCUGUUGAGUGCACAGACAAGCUUUACUCCAUUUUACGCUUCAUUCCAAUCCCAAAGCUAGAGGCUAAGAACAGCAAAGACAGUAUGACUACCAACCACCUCUCGAAAGCUGCCCCGGUUACGAAGAAGUAUGCAGCUAUCUUGUUCGAUUUGGACGGUAAGCCCAGUCUGUAAGAGGAGGCGCCCAGGGUACGUUGUAAAGUUCGUGACUGAUUUGCCAUGUGAACACUAGGUACCCUGAUCGAUUCUACGCCUGCGGUUAUCGCACACUGGAAACAGUAAACACCUCCCCUCCCAGUAAAAAGUCAGACCACCAGACGAAGGAAGAAUUCUCAUUCCCGUGUAGGUUUGGAAGAGACCAUGGCAUCGACCCGGCUUUGAUCCUUGCCACAUCUCACGGACGGCGGACAAUCGACACCGUCAAACAGUGGAAACCAGAGCUUGCAAGCAUGGACUGUAAGAACCCCACGCCAGCAUGCCAAGGGGGCUAAGGGGGGGAUUGCGAUUAAUUGCAUGUCACAGAUGUCCGUGAGGUCGAAGGCCGGAUCCCGAAAGAGCAUGCAGCGGAUGCGAAGGAACUGCCCGGUGAGUAAGAAAAUGUUUUGUUAUCCAAUAGACCUGACGGGCAAAUUUUAAUAACACACCGAAUGCGCCUCCUCCCCCCGGGAGCUGCAUUUGGGGAAAUUCAGGUACCAGAACAUUAGUGUCGUCGCUUGAUAAGACGGGAGCAAAGUGGGCCAUCGUGACCUCGGGAACCUCUGCCCUUGCAGAACCGUGGGUCAAGGUAUGAUUUCUAUUCUUAAUUCUCGUAUCCCUCCAAGCCAUGAAGUCAUAACUGCCCGGAAAUUUCCCGGAGCUCAGUUCCAAGUGAAUCCCAAAGAGCCGAGCGUGACUUACCGGUCAGUUCUGGAACUGAAAAAGGGACAAGGAUGCGUCGCCUGGUUUCGCGGUCAUGAAAGACAUUUCAAGAUUGUGGUUGGCUGACAAAACGCUCGGACGUAUCCAGCUUAUGGGGCUCCCACGUCCAGAAGUUUUCGUGACAGCCGACAAAGUUGUCAAGGGAAAGCCAGAUCCGGAAGGUACACCCCCCCUACUCCCUCCUCGUUACGAUGCCGUAUUACCGUGCCAUGAUUAUUGUCACUCUCGAUUGCCGAAAUAUCAGUGCGCUGAACAAAGUUGUGAAGGCUAUCUCCUGGCCCGUGAGCAACUAGGUCUUUCCGAUGCCACAGAGUCUCUCGCAGACGUGCUCGUAGUAGAAGACGCACCCGCCGGGAUCCGUGCUGGGAAGGCAGCCGGCUGCGACGUCCUCGCGCUGCUCACCACACACUCACGUGAAGAGGUCGAGGCCGCGGGCGCAGACUUUGUAGCCGAGGAUUUGCAAAGCGUGGAGUGGCUGGGGAAGGAGGAGGAUGGGGUCUUGCUUUUGAUAAAUCCCACUCCCCCACCGACGGCCCUUGUGCUCUCAUUGGGGGUGAACCUGAUCAGCAAAGUGGUGCCCAGUUAGAUGGAAGGGGGGGGGGGGGACGUUUCCACAGUCCCCAACCGGGGGAGGGCACGGCGAAAAACCAGCUGGUGAUGAUCGGGGAUCAGUGGCAGGAUUAUUUUACUCUCUUUGUUACCCUGCCUUGAUGAAUUCAAGUCACACUCUUUCUUCUCUUUUUGCCUACCGGUAUGAUAGCAACUAAAUUAAUACUCCUAUUUGUUCGUC